UCUUCCAUGUCCAUAUAAGGGGUCAUGAAUAGUCGCCAGUUUCAUUGUAGUUCUUUUUAUAUAACCGAAACGUAUUUUCUAUUUCUUAUCGAUCCAACACAAGAUAAGCACCAAAGUUACAUUUUAUAGUUCUAUUUUGUUGGUGGUCUACAGAUAUUCCGCAUAUGCAUUUUCGACUCCACGCUUUAGCCGUGUGAAUGGUUUAGUCCUAGUUCUAGGAUGGCUGCUGCUGUGGGUGUAAACAAGCAGGGGACCGCAGCAACGAUGGACGUCUGUGUCCGGCACGGCAGAGGGGCCACAAGUAGCACAGUGAAGGUGUUGGAGUGUGGGGUGUGUGAGGAUGUAUUCUCUCUCCAGGGGGACAAGGUCCCCCGGCUGCUGCUCUGCGGUCACACAGUCUGUCAUGACUGUCUGACCCGGCUGCCCCUGCAUGGUAGAGCCAUCCGCUGCCCCUUCGACAGACAGGUCACAGAGCUGGGGGACUCUGGUGUGUGGGGUCUGAAGAAGAACUUUGCCCUGCUGGAGCUUCUGGAGAGGCUGCAGAAUGGAGCGUCCAGCCAGUCGAGCAUGGUAGAGGACGCCCUCACAGGCAUAGGAGAGUCUAUAAUCCGCUGUGACGAGGACGAGAGCCACACGGCGUCUAUGUAUUGCACGGUGUGUGCCACCCACCUGUGUGCCGACUGCUCCCAGCUCACCCACUCCACCCGCACCCUGGCCAAGCACCGGCAGGUACCCCUGGCAGACAAGCCCCACGAGAAGACGCUGUGCCCGCAGCACCAGGUCCACGCCAUCGAGUUCGUCUGUCAGGAGGAGCUCUGCCAGCCUGGGCCGCUCAUGUGCUGCGUGUGCAAAGAGUACGGCAAGCACCAGGGACACAAGCAUGCAGUUCUGGAGGCAGAAGCCAAUCAGAUCCGUGCCUCUAUCCUGGACAUGGCCCACUGUAUCCGGACGUUCACAGAGGAGGUGUCGGAGUAUUCCAGGAAGCUGGUUGGGAUCGUGCAGCAGAUCGAGGGAGGAGAACGGAUAGUGGAGGACAGCAUCGGCAUGGCACACACUGAACAUUCGUCUGUGGGUGUUCCCCAGGUCCCAGGCACGGCAGAGAGUGCACGGUCCUGCGUACGGGCGUACUUCGCUGAUCUCCACGAGACGCUGUGCAGACAGGAGGAGAUGGCGCUCAGCGUAGUGGACGCCCACGUCAGGGAAAGGCUCAUCUGGCUCCGGCAACAGCAGGAAGACAUGACCGUCCUGCUGUCCCAGGUCUCCACAGCCUGCCUGCACUGCGAGAAGACACUGCAGCAGGAUGACUGCAGAGUGGUCCUGGCCAAGCAGGAGAUCAACAGACUGUUGGAGACUCUACAGAAACAGCAGCAGCAGUUCACUGAGCUGGCUGACCACAUCCAGCUAGAUGCUGGUAUCCCCGUCACAUUCACCAAGACUACAUUGUUUUCUCUGUUCCAGGACAACCGGGUCCACAUCGGCCCUAAAAUGGAGAUCCGGGUGGUAACCCUGGGAUUGGAUGGUGCCGGGAAAACCACCAUCCUUUUCAAGCUGAAACAGGAUGAGUUUAUGCAGCCCAUCCCUACCAUAGGUUUUAAUGUAGAGACAGUGGAGUAUAAGAAUCUCAAGUUCACCAUCUGGGACGUUGGUGGGAAACAUAAGCUACGGCCUCUCUGGAAGCACUAUUACCUGAACACACAAGCGGUGGUGUUUGUGAUUGACAGCUGUCACAGGGACAGGCUGAUGGAGGCCCACAGUGAACUGGCCAAACUGCUGACAGAGAAGGAGCUGAGAGACGCCCUGCUGCUCAUCUUCACCAACAAACAGGAUGUCCCUGGGGCUGUGUCGGUGGAGGAGAUGACAGAGCUGCUGAGUCUCCACAAGCUGUGCUGUGGGAGGAGCUGGCACAUCCAGGGAUGUGACGCCCGCAGUGGCACGGGGCUCCACGAGGGCCUGGACUGGCUGUCCCGACAGCUGGUGGCUGCAGGCGUACUGGACGUGGCCUAGACUUCCCCUUGCUGCAGACUGCAGGGGGCACUGGACGUGGCCUAGACUUCCCCUUGCUGCAGACUGCAGGGGGCACUGGACGUGGCCUAGACUUCCCCUUGCUGCAGACUGCAGGGGGCACUGGACGUGGCCUAGACUUCCCCGAUGACUGACUUGUUACCAAGUCUCAGUCCCUUACCAUAUAUCCCAGAACGAUCCCCUUAACCCAUCCACACCAUAGAGACCUGUCCGCCAUAGACCUACACCAGUCACGCCUACCUAAACUUUUUACCUGAUGAUUGGCUUAUGAUAGACCCAGUCCUACCCCAUACCCUAAAGACCAGUCCUACCAAAGUCUCAUCCCAUAACCUACACCCUAGUUCCACCUCAGUCCUACCCCAAAUCCCAUACCUUUCACCCCAUACUAAGGCCCUAGCCCUACAUCCCAUACCCCUGUUCUACCUACCACACCCACCCCUAACCUGCAGAUAAGCUUCUAACCCACAGCCAGUGAAUCCAUCAUUAGUCGUAAUACUUUGUGCUCUGCUCUGUCGUGGCUAAAGGUUAUGCUAAUAAACAGGGCCAGGUUAUAGGGAUUCCCUCAAGCUUACUAAACGAACCUGUUUAUAAGACUACACAUUCCCAUAUCGCCUCAAUGCAGAUCGUAUGAGAUUAAUUUCAUGGCGAAACUCCAUGUUGUUGCAGAUUUUUUCAUUGGUACCAAUGCACUUGACUUGUGAUGAUUUCAUGUAAUGCAGCAUCAGGUCUUAAAAUGACAUCGGUAGUGGGCUGAGUUCAGCUAUUAUUGACGUUGGUUAAAUAGUGCAGUUGAGCGAAAAAGCUAUUUAUGUUGGGUGGGUAGGGGGAUAAACUUCAAGUUGAUUGAAACUGACUUGGCUGAGAUAUUGUAGUAGCCGUGGUGGGAAACAUCUAAACAGUGUUAUAAUAUGAAGUCUUACUCCCACCUGUUUUGUGGAGUGUCAUGCAGAAUGCAUUGGAUGACCUUUUCUGCCGCUUCAAUACAUCUGGGUUGUGCUCAGGAGGGUGCAACGUUUGACCCUUCAUGUUGCAGAUAGAUGUAUAGAGUAGACAUGAUUCCUUCAUCUAAUUGACAGAGGAUGAUCUACACACUAUAUUUCUAUCUGAAUGUUGUGCCCUACAGAAAAACCCCCAGAUGAAGUCAUAUCUGCUGUUGACUAUAGGACUCCUGGUUUGUCUUCGGUUUUAGCCCAUCUGUCUGGAGUGCUGAUUGUUACAUACUACAUUAACGUUACCCACAUGUUGAUGUGAAACUUAGUCAAAACAUUAACCAAACACCUUUCAACUCCUCUGUUAUUGUAUGGAGGAACCAUCCUUUGGUUUGAAUUAACUUUCCUCAUUGCUAUGUAAUGUACUACUACUUGUAUCUAUGUAAAAAAAAAAAAAUGUGCAUGUGUGAAGAAGCCUUUCCCUCUGUUAAAGGAUCUCUCGAUUUGUGAAAUCUUCCGUUUUUGAAACAUUUAGAAAGGCAGUGCACAUCCACACAUGUUACCUGUGAAUUUAAUGGCUUUUGUAAAUCAUUCAUAAUUAAUGUGAUGCUAUUAAAUAAAAAACUGACGAAUGUC